AUCUCACUAUAGCAUUUAAUGACGAACCGCUGCCGCGUAGUAAUCGCAUGCGUGCAUUUUCGCACAGAAAACUCUGCCGGCAAGUCUACAUGAUGAACAAAGUUUGGGCGGUUUGGCCCGCGAAGCUGUGCUUCUGAAGCCUUUAUUUAUCCUUCUUUCCAGUCGCUUCACCCGAGAGCAAGGCAGGAAUCUCGUUAGGAUUAAGAGUGAAGGUGUUCUUUGGAAGAGCCAUGCAAGCGCAGCCGCCUCAACCUCCACCACAGCCGCCUCCACCACAGGGGACUCUACCACAGCCGCACCAGCAGCAGCAGAAUAGUCAGGGUCAACGAAAUCCCCCGCCGUCGGAUGCCGAUGCUACGACGUUUCUGCUGUUGGGAAUCAUCUUUGUCGCUUUCGCGAUAAUUUUUCUUUCGACCUCAUUCUCAACAAACUGGAAUUUUUCUGUGUUACAUCAAGUCCCUGAGGGUUAUGUUGGUGCAUACUGGAGGGGCGGUGCUUUAUUGAAAACGAUCACUAAUCCAGGCUUUCAUCUCAAAUUUCCACUAGUCACGGAAUUUGAGCCCAUCCAAGUGACCAUUCAAACAGAUCUGGUAAGAGAUAUUCCUUGUGGAACAAAAGGUGGAGUAAUGAUCAGCUUUGAUAAGAUAGAGGUUGUAAAUCGCCUUAAUAAGGGACAUGUGUAUGACACUCUUCUCAAUUAUGGUGUAAACUACGAUAAGACAUGGAUAUAUGAUAAGAUUCACCAUGAGAUCAAUCAAUUCUGUAGCUCUCAUUCUUUGCAGCAAGUGUAUAUUGAUAUGUUCGAUCAAAUUGAUGACAAAAUGAAAGAAGCUCUUCAAAUGGACUGCACGCAGUAUGCCCCGGGGGUUGAAAUUAUCAGCGUUCGUGUUACAAAACCCAAUAUUCCUGCAAUUAUUAAGCGCAAUUUUGAACUUAUGGAGGAGGAACGCACUAAGGCUUUAAUUGCCAUAGAGGCACAAAAGGUUGCAGAAAAAGAAGCUGAGACCCAAAAGAAGAUAGCCUUAUCCGAAGCAGAGAAGAAUGCCCAAGUUAGCAAGAUUCUCAUGGAGCAAAAAUUAAUGGAAAAAGACAGCUCAAAGCAGCAAGAAGCAAUCGAGAAUGAAAUGUACAUUGCUCGUGAGAAAAGCCAAGCAGACGCUAAUUUUUACAGGGUGAUGAAGGAAGCAGAGGCUAAUAAACUGAAACUUACACCUGAGUUUCUUGAACUCAAAUUCAUUGAAGCCAUUGCAAACAACUCAAAAAUUUUCUUUGGAGAGAAGGUUCCUAACAUGGUUUUAGAUCAAAGGCUCCUUGGUAAUUUUCUUAAUGGAUUUGCUAAGAAGGAUCUUUGAGAGAUUUCAAUAUUUUACAUAGAGGCUUGAAUGGAUCUGAGGAAGACUGGUGCUUAUGUCAAGACUUUUUUUAAAAAUAUCUUUCCAAGUAUUAUAGUAAAAGUUUCUGGGUGUUUAUAAUUGGUUUUAGAUUGAAUUUUUUAUUUGGAGCGUUUUGAGUUGGUGAUUCUUUGUUGCCAGCAGAAGUUUUCGUGGUGAAAUUAUUUUUUUUUGGGAUACGGAUGCCGUUCGGAGGUGAAUCAGAAUGCACCACGUCAUCUUUUGGAUGUGUGCUACGGCUAUGUACUCGCUGUGUAUCAGGUAAUGUGACGCGCUCUGAUUCGCUCCGGACAGUCCGGUGUCUGCCAGAAUAAUUUAUCUGGUUCCUGUUGCUUUCAUGUUGAGAAUUGAUGUUUUUUUACACAAAUUGGUCAGAACACAAGUAAAAGGAAAUGAAAAAGGGUUUUUCCUAA